ACAUCUGAUCGGUCGUGUUGUGAGAUGGUGGUGGUGUUUUUGCUGUCGAGGGGAAAACCCGCGUCGAAGUUCCCGUCCCCGCAGGACCUACACUACCUACCUAGCUUCAAGGCUUUAUAGCACUGCCUCCAAGUGCGAGUGCGCAAGCCCCACAGCACAUUACAGCGCAUCAUAGCGAGCGCAGAACAUCGACCGAAAUCUCGACUUGAAACCUUUGCGUACCCGAUCAUCGACCGUUUCCUACAUCCAGAACAGGCUUCAGCGAUUCAGUCUUUCCUCGUCCCCCACCACCUUACAUGCUGUCGAAUCUGCCGAAGAUGUGAAAGGUCCAUUGGGCUUGAAUCUCCUCAACGAACCGUCCGAUCCCCGAAUCGACUUCAUCUUCAUUCACGGAUUGGGCGGUGGCUCGAGGAAAACAUGGAGCUACUCGUCCGAUCCGGGCAUGUUCUGGCCCAAGGAAUGGCUGCCUAAUGAGGUCGGCUUUCGACACGUCCGCCUUCAUUCGUACGGCUACAACUCGGACUGGACAGCGAGGAAGGGGCGCGCGUUAUCGAUUCACGACUUCGGUCAAGCAUUGCUAGCUGACAUCUACGGCGGUCCUCAUCUCCGGAAGAAUGGAGAUACCCCAAUCGUGCUGGUAGCCCACAGUAUGGGCGGACUUGUUGCCAAGAAAGUAAGUCGACAAUGUAUUGAAAAGCAUAUCUGUUAGCGACCCGAGAUCCAAUGUAUGCCUCGAUUGCGCAAAGAAUCCAUACCAUCUACUUCCUCGCCACGCCCCAUCGCGGUGCGGAUUCUGCCCAGACGGUCAAACUUUUGCUUUCAUCUGCCGGAUAUGGGGCCAAAGGAUUUGUUGAUGAUCUCCUCCCUGGCAGCGGAACGUUGGAUCAAAUCAACGACGAGUUCCGUCAUCAUUGUGGGAAUGUGCACCUUCGGUCCUUUUUCGAGGGUGUACCAACAAGCUUUGCCGGCAUCAGGUCGUGCUUGGUUGUGGACAAAGAUUCGGCCGUUCUAGGACUUCCAAACGAAACCUCGCGAUACAUCGAAGCGGAUCACCGCAGAAUCUGCAAAUUCGAGAGCCCCGUCUCCCCUAAUUAUACAAUACUACAGCAGUCCUUCCUGACUACCAUUGAGGACAUCGAAGCAGACAGCGGAUAUAAUCCAAAGGACGAGCAUAGAUCGCAAAUGAAACUAGUCUCCUCAUUUCUGCACGUUGAUCAGAGACCUGACGCUACCCUUCUGGAAUUAAAAGGAAAAGAACAUCAAGGAUCCUGUCAUUGGGUCACAGAAGAGCGCGCCUUCCAAGACUGGAUGCAAGAGCCUUUCAAUUUGGAGAGCUGCGACCCGCUUGAGACGGCACGACAGACUGACAACAAGAAGGUACUGUGGCUCAACGGAAGACCAGGGACUGGCAAGUCCGUUGUUGCUGGGCACGUUAUCAGAUUUCUCGAGGCGUGCAAUUUCGACUGCAGUUUCUACUUCUUCAGACGCAACACCCAGGCUGCUACCACUGUUUCCGGAUUACUUCUGUCGAUGGCAUAUCAAAUGGCGCAAAACAAUUUCGAUAUCCGGCGCUCCAUCGCUGCAAUGGCCGAGGAUGGUCAGAGACUCAGUCACGCCGACCAUCAUAUGAUUUGGAGCAAGCUAUUCCUUGAACGAAUUUUCAGGACGGAAACCACUCGGCCUCAGUUCUGGGUCAUAGAUGCAGCAGAUGAGUGUUCUAGCAAGGGCUUGGCUGCAUUCAUAUCAAUGAUAUCGAAUUUGAGCUGCAAGGUUCCUAUUCGAGUUUUCAUGACAAGUCGGCCCGGAGGACAAUUGGAACGACUACUUCACCACGAGAAAACCCAAUACUCCGUAAUUCGCACUGGUCAAAAAGGAUCUAUGGGAGAUAUCGAACUCUUCGUUAGGGGUAGAUUUCCUAUUGAAGCCUCCCAAAUGCUCAUCGAUGAAAUCCUUGCCCGAUCCAAUGGGAUCUUUCUUUGGGCCUCCCUCACGAUGACAAAGCUUGAGGACUGCUACACCAUCGAAGACAAGCAGGACGCUCUGAGGGGCAUUCCAUCUGGUAUGGACGAUUUCUACCUCCGAAUUGUCGAGUCCGUUGUCGACUCGCCAAGUUGUGAGCUGGCCAAAUGCAUUCUCACAUGGGUCAUAUGUGCCCCCUUGCCGCUCCGAGCUGAAGAGCUUGCGGAAGCCGUGAAGCGGGACAUCGGCCGGACACUGGACGCACUACCAGGUCAACUGCCAUCUAUCGCGGGACAUCUCAUUGAGGUGGACGAUAAUCACCACGUCCACAUUCUCCAUCUGACCACAUCGGCUUUCCUGACCCAGAAGCGAGAUGAACCAAGUUUUUGGAUUGAUAAACAGGCUGCGCAUGGUCAGAUCGCCCAAGUCUGUCUUGAGCUCCUUUGUGGCACAGAGUUUGCUCCACCGAAGUCACGCCGCGCUGGCGCCGCUUCCAAAGCAACUCCGUCACCACUCUCUGACUACGCGGCCACCAACUUCUCCUACCAUCUUAUGCAUAGUUCAUCAGCUUGCGAUACAUCUCUCGUACUAUUGGACAAGUUCUUGCGAUCCAAUGUCCUUACCUGGAUAGAGAGGGCAGCAAGAAGUGGCGAUAUUUCCAUCCUGUACCAUACGGCACAGAGGUUAAAAGCCUAUCUCGCUCGCAGAGCUAAAUAUCAGCCACCCCUGAGUGUUGAAACGCAGACUAUCUCUGGAUGGAUCACUGACAUGUAUCACAUUGCUGCAGCAUUCUACUCAGGUCUUCUCAGUUCGCCAUCGUCGAUCCACUUCUUAAUUCCUCAUUUGUGUCCUCCCAGGUCCAUGAUACACAGCAUUUUUACGAAGCCAUCCAAGCUGCUCAGAAUAACAGGAACCUUUGAGGAAGAAUGGAGUGAUAAGCUCACAUGUUACCUGUUUGCUGAAGAGGCCCUGUCUCUUGGGUUCUGUGGUCGGUACCUAGCAGUCGGCCUGAGAAAUGGCAACAUUGAAUUGUACCAGACCGGUUCAAGAGCAUUCGGUUCCGCCCAGACACUGAAACACGGGAAGAGAGUCCAGCGUCUGGCCUUCAACCAGUCAUCUACUUUGCUCGCAUCUUUUGGAGCUCGACAGGUGACAGUCUGGGAUAUUCGCCGGUCCAGCAGCUCAGCGUUCCAAGCUAUGUGGUCACAACGGCUGGAAUUCGCACCUUCCGAGAUCAAAUUCAGUCCUAAUGAUGAGAUACUUUUUCUCGCAAACCCACAGCAAAGCUCUUUCAGCGCCUUUGAUGUCACAUCGGGCUCUAUAAAGGAGCCCUUGCUUCUGCACGCACCUCCAGGCUCGCCUCCGGACUCGGACUCGUCAGACGAAGAGGCGCAAAGACCCAAGGUCUGGACGCCAGCGCAGCUGAUCCGCCUCGAUGAGAGUCAAAAAUUAGCCGCGCUCGCAUAUCGAGAUGGAACAGCUGCUAUAUGGAAUCUCGAAGAUUUUGGAAAGAUCGGCUGCUUUGAGAAAGAAGGGUUCGAAGGUGUCUAUCCUGCGCCGCCGAUCCUCGACCUUAUCUUCAAUCCUGUAUUUGAGCUUGAACUACUCGCAAUUUCCUACAAGGACGAGGAACUCGUCAUAUGCAAUCCGUGGUCCCUGAUGCAGCAAGCAAGCUAUCGUCUGCAGUAUUCGCUUGGGAUCCUGGCUGCCACCUCUGACGGACGCAUAUUGGCAGGCGGUGACGAAGUUGGGGCAAUUCAUCUGUUUUCCUUUGAGACUUUGCAGCCUCUGUAUCGAAUCGAGAGACCUGACGAGCGAUUUCAUAUUCCAGGUUUGGUAUUUUCCUCUGACAACCUUCGCCUGUUCGACAUCCGAGGGCAGUGCUGCAAUGUAUGGGAACCACUUGUUCUCAUUCCAAGGGGCGGAUCGGACGACAGCUCAUCAGAGCCUCACAGCAAAGAGGUAGCUAACAACGAUACUGUGGCACCAAGCGCACACUUCUUUCAUUGGGGAGAGGCAAUCACUACUAUUGAGUCGGCCUUUGACGGAAUCGUCGUUUUCGUGGGUCGUCAAGAUGGAACGGUCGAUAUUUGCGAGUCGGCGACCGGCGAAUGCAUAGAAAAGCUGAAGUUACAUGAUAGCCACGCACCCAUCCACCAGGUGGACUGGAAUAACGAAAAGAAGACACUAUUCUCCAUGGAUAUCAGCGGCCGCUGUAUCCUGACGAGGUUGGAAUUUGACCCUAAAAAGCGCACGCAAAUUGGGGUGACGAAAUGCUUAGAUCACAAAGAGCAGACUGGAUGCCCAUUUCAAGCGAUACUGAGUCCCCAAGGACUUUCGAUUUUUCUACACACAUUAGCUGGCAUCAAGGUCGUUGCCGCCAUGGCAGAUAGCAUCGAAGGGACCAUCGUUGAGAACAACAACUUUCACUGGGGAUCUUCAGAUGCACGUGCUCGCUGGGUAAUUCAUCCAUCCAACUCCUCACACGUGUUGGCUCUUAGAGACAAGCGCGUUCAUGUUUUCGACUGGUCAACCCUACAACCUCUCACUACAGCCGAUGGCAUUCUCGCAGAUAAAAUCACAUGGCAAACAGACCUCCCAUGGAUCAGCCGUUCGGGUUCAACCUAUGUAGGGUGUGUCUCUACUGUUCUAAGCACGCCAUCGUGCCAUUUCACUGCCUUUGAUGCUUCACAAGUCACGCCAGAGACCAAAAGUCUCGCCCUGCCUACCCGUAAUAUCGAGGUAGUGGGCCUGCAAACAGUGGCAGGCCUCAUCCGGUCUACUCUUUAUUUUCUCGACACGAAUGGAUGGGUUUGCUCGAUCAGCCUCAAGAAUCUUGAUCGGACAAGCUACUUCACUCGGCACUUCUUCAUUCCGCCAACGUGGCACACGGGAGGUAAUGUCGUCAUCAAGGUGAUAUCAAAGACUGCAGUAGCGCUUGCCAGAGGAGAAAAACUCAUUGUCUUUCACGGGUUCCUGGAAUUUGGCGAGAAGGUUCUCUUUGAUGAAAAGGUUAUCAUUAGCUGAUGGCAAGUGCCCUGGGCAAUUGAUGGGUUGUUGGCUUGUUCGUUAGGGGCCCAGCCGUUGAAUACACGUUCUGUUCUCGUCGAGAGGCUGGAAGUCUGUUAGCAUUUUAGAUUCACCCAAUGCCGGUUUGUUGGUUCGUAGCUGAGCCUGGUAUCACAGUGUUUCGCCUUGUUC